GAGUUCCUAGUCAGCCCGCGUGCGCUGAGGGUGUUAUGGUUGUUCACAUACCAGUUCUGAAUUUCAGCACCACUGACAGUGGGGCUUCCAACCUAAGCACCAAUGUCAGUGAUGGGGACACCUUGGUGCCCCAGGACUCCUUCGGCCUGAACAGGACUGGCCACACAGUGGUGGCAGUAUGUCUUGGGCUCAUUUUGGUCCUGGGAUUCCUCAGCAACCUUCUUGUCCUGCUGAUCUUGGCAAAGUUUUGGUUGCUUUGGACGCCCAUCAACCUCCUUCUGUUGAACAUCAGCGUGAGCGACCUCCUCGUGUGUAUUUUCGGAACUCCAUUCAGUUUCGCGGCGAGUAUCCAAGGAAGAUGGCUCAUUGGACACCAUCGCUGCAAGUGGUACGGUUUCGCCAAUUCGUUUUUCAACAGGCAACAAAAGCCAUAUAGCUUAGGCUACACUAUAGGCUGACCUCAAUGUCAUGUUUUUUUGCAGGGACUAGUUUCUAACUAAUAUUUCUAUAGCCUACGAUUUUAAAGCCUAGAGCUAGGCUACUCUACAUUUUAGUCAUUUAGCAGACGCUCUUAUCCAGAGCAAUUAGGGUUAAGUGCCUUGCUCAAGGGCACAUCGACAGACUUUUCACCUAGUCGGCUCGGGGAUUAGAACCAGCAACCUUUCGGUUACUGGCACAACGCUCUUAACCACUAAGCUACCUGCCGACUUUACUGUCAAACGCUAAUACAAACCCUUCAGAUCAUUAGGCCUACUGCUUGAACAAUUAUUAGAUAAGUCCUCCAGACUCAUUAUGAAAAGUCUGAGCACAAUUCAUUAUCAAUUUAGGAUGGCCUAGCUUAUAUAUAUAUAUAUAUAUAUAUAUAUAUAUAUAUAAUUAUAUUUUAACCACCAUGCCUUCCUGUCGUCUCUGUAACAUUUUAAUUAACCUACAUUUGAAUGUAGAAAUAGUGGAACACUAAUGAAAAACGAUUGCAUAAAGCUUCAGCAGCACGCAUUUAUAUUAAACCUUUAUACGUUCCAUUUGCACUUGAAUGGAAGCUUGAUGUAUUACAUGUAGGACUUUUGCAUAGGACCUUAAAUUAAAAGCAUGUGUGUAAUGUCUUCAUAACCCCAUUAUAAGAGCAGAUUGGCAUUUAUUGUCAUGAAUCUUGCCCUGGAGGGAGCUCUGCAGAGUGGUCACUAGUGGGCAGUCACAGUCAAAAUCGAACCUUAACCACACUGCUAACCCUAAUGCCUAACCUUAAAUUAAGACCAAAAAGCAAAUGUUUUGUUUUCAUGAGCUUUUGAUGUAGUCAAUAUUUUUUAUUUAAUUGAAUCUUAUUUUGUUCUUGUCUAUAACUGUUGUGUACUCUGUCAUGUGUUUUAUGUGGACCCCAAGAGUGUCUGCUUCAUUAACACUUCACUUAUAUAACACUCUCUGUCCCUCCUAGGGAUCGUGUCCCUGGUGUCUCGGUCUAUUCUGUCCUAUGAGCGCUACGCCACUGUGCAGCGGUCCACCAAGGCUAACAUGUCUGACUUUAGGAAGACCUGGCCAUGUGUGGGGGGAUCCUGGCUCUACUCCCUGCUAUGGACCCUUCCUCCCUUCAUGGGCUGGAGCAGCAAUGGACCGGGGAGGGCCGGUACCUCCUGCUCUGUCCAGUGGACCCAGCGCUCCCCGGCCAGUGUCUCCUACGUGGUCUGCCUGUUGAUCUUCUGCCUGCUGCUACCCCUCAUGCUAAUGGUCUACUGCUACGGCAGGAUACUGGUCGCCAUCAGGGGUGUGAGUGGGACUCGGGUGGGGGAAGGGCCACUUUGAAUGCAAUCAAUUCAGAAGUGAAUUGAAGUGUAUGAAUUGAAAAUUGUCCUUUUUCGUUAAUUCAUGAACUGAGUUUAAAUUCUCUUCAGUUAUUUUUUACUAAAUUGACUCCCAACUCAAGAGUGGUGCUGCUACUCAUUGGUGAUUGGCUACAUGGUGUCUGGUGCCUUCUUGGGACUCAUGAUGAAGAUCAUGAGAUUAUGAUGGAGUGUGCACUCUGGUGCUAAUGAAGUGUGUACUCUGCAGCUGGUUACAAAGUAGCACUGCCCGACCAAUCUGUACUGCUCUAGGCUUUAGUUAACAUGACAUGUACAGGACCAGUCAAAAGUUUGGACACACCUACUCAUUCAAGGGUUUUUCUUUAUUUUGACAAUUUUUUUUACAUUGUAGAAUAAUAAUGAAGACAUCAAAACCAUGAAAUAACACAUAUGGAAUCAUGUAGUAGCCAAAAAAGUGUUAAAUAAAUCAAAAUGUAUUUUAUAUUUGAGAUUCUUCAAAUAGCCACCCUUUGCCUUGACAGCUUUGCACACUCUUGGCAUUCUCUCAACCAGCUUCACCUGGAAUGCUUUUCCAACAGUCUUGAAGGAGUUCUGCAUAUGCUGAGCACUUGUUGGCUGCUUUUCCUUCACUCUGCGGUCCGACUCAACCCAAACCAUCUCAAUUGGGUUGAGGUCGGGGGAUUGUGGAGGCCAGGUCAUCUGAUGCAGCACUCCAUCACUCUCCUUCUUGGUCAAAUAGCCCUUACACAGCCUGGAGGUGUUGGGUCAUUGUCCUGUUGAAAAACAAAUGAUAGUCCCACUAAGCCCAAACCAGAUGGGAUGGCGUAUCGCUGUAGAAUGCUGUGGUAGCCAUGCUGGUUAAGUGUGCCUUGAAUUCUAAAUAAAUCACAGACAAUGUCACCAGCAAAGCACCCCCACACCAUAACACCUCCUCCUCCAUGCUUUACGGUGGGAAAUGCACAUGUGGCGAUCAUGCGUUCACCCGCACCGCGUCUCACAAAGACACGGCGGUUUGACCAAAAAUGUGGACUCCAGACCAAAGGACACAUUUCUUGGCCCAAGCAGGUCUCUUCUUCUUAUUGGUGUCCUUUUCUUUGCAGCAAUUCGACCAUGAAGGCCUGAUUCACACAGUCUCCUCUGAACAGUUGUUGUUGAGAUGUGUCUGUUACUUGAACUCUGUGAAACAUUUAUUUGGGCACCAAUUUCUGAGGCUAGUAACUCUAAUGAACUUAUCCUCUGCAGCAGAGGUAACUCUGGGUCUUCCAUUCCUGUGGCGGUCCUCAUGAGAGCCAGUUUCAUCAUAGCGCUUGAUGGUUUUUGCGGCUGCACUUGAAUAAACUUUCAAAGUUCUUGAAAUGUUCAGUAUUGACUGACCUUCAUGUCUUAAAGUAAUGAUGGACUGUCGUUUUCCCUUUGCUUAUUUGAGCUGUUCUUGCCAUAAUAUGGACUUGGCAUUUCACCAAAUAGGGCUAUCUUCUUAAAAUUAACUUUUAAGAAGGCACACCUGUUAAUUGAAAUGCAUUCCAUGUGACUACCUCAUGAAGCUGGUUGAGAGAAUGUUCUAUUAUCCCUUUGCAGUGUGAAUGGAAUAGAAAGGCUACCUGGAUAUAUCUGUCUGGCUGGUUGUGUUCAACAGGCUCCUUGGGGGGUCGGGCCAGGUUGUGUUCAACAGGUCAAUGACCGCUCCUCAGGUUUUUGUGACUCAACUGCGCGCCUCACCGUGCUAACACCGCCCGACAGUGCCACCCCAUGAAUUACCUGGGAGCUAUUUUUAGACUCUGGAAGUAGCCUGUUACUAUUGUUGACAGUCCAGCUAUGUAAGUAGCUAAUUUUCCCUUGGACUGGCCAUAGGGAAAUUCUGGCAAAUGCGUAGCCAACUGAACCUGUCUAAAUUGUUGUUUUUUUUGUGUGCAAAUUAUCAUUAUUUGGCUAAUAAUGGGGGCCCCGAGAGAAGGAACACGAGGAAGAAAAACAACGGUCUGCAUGUCAUCUGUGUUAGAAAUGCCAGGGCCAAUUUCUGGUCCCAUUCCGCCCCUGCGCAGACCUGAUUACUGGCGAAUUCAGGCUUAGUUGAUCCACCAGUCGCCCUCCCAUUCUGAAACUGCCCCCAGGCUUUUCUUAGAAAGCAAGUGCCAGCCUGUGGAGCAGUACCGUCAUCUGAGAGGUGACUUAGGUAACACUUUAUUUGACAUCUAGUGUCAUAACACGUUUAUGACAUGGUCAUAACAGCUGACAUAACCUUUCAUAAUUGUCAUAACACUGUCACAACACAUAUUUAGACAUGUUGUGACAUAUAUUGCAAUAUUUUAUGGCUGGUUAUAAGAGUGUCAAAGUCCACAAAUCCUACCACAAGGCAAACCAUUCCAUUCUACUUGUAAAUAUUUCCCCAAAUGUUCCAUUUUAUUAACAUUGUAAUUGUACACACAUUGAUGUCAAACAUGCCUAGCCCAAUGCUCUGUCGCUGAUGACUGGGAUGAAUGCAAGAGCAGGACAAAACACCCUCUUUGGGACUUAUGACUGACAUACGGUCAUGUACGUGAUAGGCCUAUCUGUCUUAAAUUAUUACCCUUACAGCAACAAAAAAUAUCCUGUGAUUGAUUCCAAAAUAUGGAAAUGGAUAGAAUCUAAGUAUGUUUGUUCACGAACAUUAUUAUUUUAGUCCUCCAUGGUUUUGCUUUAAUAUACAUGUAUACUUAGCACUACCACUAGGGGGAGACAGUCGAACUGUUAGCUGCAGGCUCGCGCCUCGUAUGUUUGAUGAAGAGAAGCAGGAAAAGAAGCACGGUGGGAAAUGUUUAAUUGUCGGUCUCCUUAAUCAUCCUGUUCAGGUUUGUAACAUUUUAUAAGCAUGGUUUCGUUUUUUAAAUCUAGAGAACUCAUCACAGUUUAGAUACAAGUUAUCUCGUCAUUUUGAUGUAUAAAUUAGGUGUUUUGACCGAGUGAAAAACGAGUAAGAUUUUCCCUUCACUUCGUGAGUGUCGCCAAGCUAAGAUAGCUACCUAACUUUGUAAGUCAAUGAGACAAGAUGGCGUCUCUGAUAUUUCGUUUUUGGCUCUUAAAUGUUUUAAUUUGUUUUACAAACGAUGGCUCGUAUUAAGUGUAUUUACAUGAGUACAUAUGAACCACGCUAAUUAUAUAUAUUUUAUACAGUUGCAUUUAAUGGUCGCAUGCUAACCGCUAGCGUUAGUUAACUCAGCGCUAGGCGCUAGCUAGCUUACCAUAUCUAGCUUGUUGUUGUUAGCUGUCCAUGGGUUUUUUGUUAUAUUUAAUACACAGGUAUCUUCUAUAAUUUGUUUGUACAAUUGGCACUGUGUGUGUAUAUAUAGAAUGAAUCAGAUGUACUGUUGCAUCAACAAUGUAUCUGUUGUAUUUGGUUGUUUUGCACACAACCAUCUUUAGUAAUAGGGUAGCUAACGUCAGUUAAACAAACACUAACUAGAUGUAAUGGUAGCUAACUGUUAGCUAGCUAGCUACAUGACUAGUUGAGAGCUAGUGUUAUCUAUGUUAUCAAAACAUUGAGAAUGGGAUUGUAAUGUAUUUGAGAACGUGUGAAAGUGUUUGCUAUUGCCGUAAUAUAUUUGGUAUGAAGUUUUCAUUUUCAACUUUUCUUAGCGGUGUCACUACAUUGCAGCAUGCUCUAUUCUGAUUUCUGUUCUUUACUUAUAUUUUUCAGAGAAAGUAAUGCAUCUGCUGAUUGAUUGCAUCCAGGGGUGGAGGUGAAGACCUGAGGGAGGCCGCAGAAACAAACUUUCAAACAAAAGGAAAGAGGAAACGUCUUUGCAGGGAAAGGCAUUUGAAUAAAUAAUAUGAUUUAGAGUUAAAUCCUUUGUUAUAAGGAAUUCUUUAAAGUUGUUUUUUGAAUAACUUGUAGAAAAUACACUUUAUGACAGUCAUCUAGCAUUAUGACCAUCCUGUGUCAAUUUACCUGGACAAAGAAAAUACACCUUAUGACACUGUCAACAAGCAUUAUGAGCAUCCUGUGUCACUUUACUUGGACUAAGAAAAUACACUUUCUGCUCCUGCAUUCAUCCCAGUCACCAGUAAGAGAGCUUUGGGGUUGGUACAUGUCUGACAUCAAUGUGUGCGCAAUUACAAUGAUACUUUUUUAUGGUCCAUUUCAGAAAAUGUUAUAUAACAUACUGUUUACAAGUAAGCUAUGGUGUAAUGAAAUGGUUUGGCUUGUGGUAGAUUUAGUAGGUUUUGACACUCAUGCAGGUGUCAAUCAGCCAUAAAAUAACGCAAUAUGUCAACAGGUGUAAAUGUAUUAUGACCAUAUUAUGACAGUUAUGUCGGCAGUUAUGACAUGGUUGUGUUAUGACGCUGGGUGUCAAAGUAUUAGCGUGUCUUACAAUCCACCAUGCAAUGACACAUCACACAGAGAAAUAACAUUAAUAUGAAGAGAAUCAGUAUGGGUCAAGGGUGUGAUUAAUUUUUUUAUAUGGUUGGGCCUCGCUGCAGAUCUUAAUUCCAGGCACGCUGUUGGUCGUGAAAGGCUCUCCCAUGGUCUUACAUCACAGGGUGGCUAUUUGAAGUAUCUCAAAUAUAAAAUCUAUUUUGAUUUGUUUAACACUUUUUUGGUUACUACAUGAUUCCAUAUUUGUUAUUUUAUAGUUUUGAUGUCUUCACUAUUAUUCUACAAUGUAGAAAAUAGUAAAAAUAAAGAAACUCUGGAAUGAGUAGGUGUGUCCAAACUUUUGACUGGUACUGUACAUGACCAGCAUUACAAGUGGGUGCUACACAUUGGUAAUAGCAACAAUAAUACAACAGUAUGAUUAAUGAAAAACUUUGCCAGACAAUUUUCUGGCAGUCCAACUCUUCUCCUCUUCCUGUUCCCAGGUGGCUAAGAUCAACCUGCUGUCGGCCCGGAGGCGAGAGCAGCACAUCCUGCUCAUGGUGCUGUCCAUGGUGUCCUGCUACCUGCUGUGCUGGAUGCUCUACUGCGUCAUGGCCUGGUGGUCACCCCCGUGGCCAGCGUGGUGCCCGCCGUCCUGGCCAAGAGCAGCACCGUCAUCAACCCUGUCAUCUACGUGCUGUUCAACAACCAGGUGAGAGGGGGCGCUAGAGGGCAGACCAGAGGGACGAUGGUGGUGUUCACCUGUCGCGUAGCCUUUACAGCAAUGGGGUGCCGCUUAUAUAGCAGCUUAGACAGCCUUCUAUUGCAGCCUGGCAUGUGAGGUCAGGAAGACAAGCACAGACAGCCUUUCAGAGUCCAUACUGUGGAUAUCAUUGAUCGUUUUUAUGUGGCUUGUCCUAUCAUGUUGACAUGUUUUUGCUAAAUACUCUAUUUCAGGUUCGGUGUUGUACAACCUGUGUUCAGUUUCAUAGACAUGAUGACUUUAGCUUGACAGGCUAAUCAUGUCUCUUGUUGUGAGAGCUCGGUUGAUCAAUGGGGGUUCAAGUGCUUGUGACAGCCCACCUGUGUGCCUGUCAGUGAGGAGCAGAGAGGGGCUGGGUGGUGUGACACUGCUAAUGUCCCCACAAGGACUACUGACAGUGACACCCUGGCUCCUGUCAUUGAGGGGACACAGUAUUGUGAGGACACUGACUCCCAGUAAUUACUUUGUGCCUCAUCACCCUCUGCAAUCCUGCCUUCCAGAUGCUACCAAUGACACUUAAGAACAGACCGGCUGACAUAGUUAGUUUGGCAGCUACAAGAGCUCAGGCAAACAGGAUUUAUAGCCACCUUACAUCCCAUCUGUUGUCUCUGGCUGCCCUUGAGCCAAGAAGAGGAGUCAAGUAUCAACACAGACUGGAUAUAAAAAGAACUCCUGUUAAUAGAGAACACACACUAGAAAACUAAAGUUCACUCUGUGCUCUCUUUUCGUGGAGAAGUUGUGUCAAAUGCUAUUGCUUCAGUGUGUGAAAGAAAUUGAUUCUCAAAGUGGUGUGUGUGUGUGUGUGUGUGUCAGUUUUACAGAUGCUUUGUGGCCUUUGUGAGGUGCAGAGGGGAGCCCCAGUCUGUGUAUGGCUUCAACACCCAGCAGAGGGUGGUCCUCUGUAGCUCAGCUGGUAGAGCACGGCGCUUGUAACGCCAGGGUAGUGGGUUCGAUCCCCGGGACCACCCAUACACAAAAAUGUAUGCACGCAUGACUGUAAGUCGCUAUGGAUAAAAGCGUCUGCUAAAUGGCUUAUUAUUAUUAUUAUUAUUAUAGCAGCAGAGAGGAGAACUCUACCCCCGGGACAGCCAUCUCAUGCCCCUCCCUGGCCCCAAAACAGCACUCGCUCGGCUCUCCGCACACACAGAGCUACAGGAACCCCAGCAAUGCCCCCCUGUGCGGUCUGCGGAGUGAGUGGAACACCAUGUCUCUG